GUUUCGGGACUGGCUGCUCCCCUGCCCGCUGACUGACUGGUUUGUGUGUGUGAGCUCGGGGAGGAGUGUACGUGACCCGCCCACAGGGAGAGGCAGCGAAACCGGACCGAACUCUCACAGAGUAAAACAGCUCUCAGUCUGCCGGAAGGAUGGUGCUUGUAAACGAGAUCCUCAGUCAGAUCGUUCAGGUGGAUCGGCCAAUGAACUGGGGAGGUCUGGCCACCCUGAAACCUUACGCCAACUUCUUUGCUGAAGACGAUGCGAAGGCUCUGAAGCAGGCAAUGGAUGUGAAAGGAGUUGACGAAGCUGCUAUUGUCAAAAUCCUCUCCAAUCGCACCUGGGACCAAAGGCAACUCAUCACUAAAGCUUUCAACAAACAGUACAAUGUGGAACUAGAGGCCUCGCUCAAGAAGAAGCUGUCUGGCAAUCUGGAGAACGUUGUUGUCACUCUGCUCAAGUCACCAGAGGAUCGCGAUGCCCAGGGGCUUAAAGAAGCAAUGAAGGGCCUGGGGACAGACGAAGACUCUCUGAUCGAAAUCCUCAGCAUCCGGUCCAAGGGGGAAUUGCAGCUGAUCACCGCAGCUUACCAGCGAGACUAUCAGAAGACCUUGGAACAGGACAUCAAGGGUGAUGUGAAGGGGAAGUUCCAGGCCCUCCUCCUCAACCUGUUGAAGGGGCGGAGGGAAGACAACUCCAACGUCAUCAACCACGAAUUGAUCGAAGAGGAUGCCAGGGCCCUGCAUACGAUCGCCAUCCAGAAGAAGCCUGAUUUCGAUGGCUGGAUCCCCAUCUUCACUGAGAGAAGCCAAAAACAUCUGAACCGAGUGUUUAAACUCUAUAAGGUCUACAGCGGCCAGGACAUCACAGAAACGAUCAAAAAGCAGAUGAAGGGAGAUGAUGAGAAGGGAUUCCUCGCUGUAGUGCACAGCAUCCAGAACACCUCCGAGUACCUCGCUGACCGAUUGCACCAGUGUAUGAAGUCAUUUGGGACCAAGGAUGGACCCCUGAUCCGGCUGCUUGUGUCCCGUUGUGAGAAUGAUCUCCUGAGCAUCCGAGCGGAGUACAGGAAGAAAUACGGGAAGUCACUGUACACAGCAAUCAAGGGUGACACGAAGGGCGAUUACCAGACAGCUCUGCUGGGUCUGUGUGGUGGAGAGGACCUGUAGAUGCAUUGUCCAUGGGCGUCUCCUGGGUCCAGCCUUGCUGCCAGAAGUAAAUGAACACGCCGGGUAUGCACAGAUGGACACAUUUGCCCCACAGACACAUGAACAGAAGCAGCAACUGGCAGCAGACAGAGAAACACUGGGACAUAAUACACACACACACAUUCAUGUAUGUUACACACACAUACACAGGCACACUUGGGCCUCUGCUGCUACACGUGCUCACACACUUGCAAAGAGAAGUAUUCAUACACGUGAUUCCACCUCCCCCUUCCCAUGCCGGAUCUUCUCUUGGGAAUGUCCCAGUCCUUGGGAUGGGAUUUGCUGUGACCGGGUCCUGAGACAAUUUCCACUAGAAAUGUCAAUAAAACAAUGACUGCUUUCACAAAUCUUCAGAUGUGUGCCAAGCGUCCUUCACCAGCACCGAACCAGCUUUUCAAAUCUCCCCAACCUACUCAGUGUCCUGGCUCUUCACCCCUCACUACCUCCAGGAGGGAGACCUUGGCCCCCAGAAACCCCUCAAGCAGUUCAGUGUGAACACAGAAUGACCCCAGAUCCCUAGAUUCCAUGUCUCUAAACUCUACCAUACAUGGAGUUAUGUAGCUGUUCCUUCAGAGCAAAACACACAAAAUGCUGGAGGAACUCGGCAUAUAUGGAGGGAAAGUUUUGGCCAGAGACACUUCAUUAGGACUAGGGAAGAUAAGGGAAGGAGCUAUUCCUCAUCCCAAAUCAUGGGAGAACCUUCUGUGGAAGGACUGUAGUGGCUAAAAAAGGUGAUGAGUGAGCCUCAAACUCAGUCUUACAGUCCAGGGUCUCUAACAGGCACAAUCCAUCUUGGCAGAGCAAUGGGAUUAAAAACCAGAUCACCUCCCUCUGGUUCCUCCCUUCCUUCCCUUUCUUCCUUAGUCCACUCUCGUUCUAUCAGAUUCUUUCAUCUCCAGCCUUUAUCUCUUCAUUUCCACCAACCCACCUUCCCCUUCACCUGGACUCAUGUACCAGUUUCAAUUGGACUUCCCAUGUUGGUCCAAGUCCUCCACUACUACCAAGAUGAAGCCAACCUCAGGUUGGAGAAGCAACACCUCAUAUUCUGUCAGGGUAGCCUCCAAUGAGAUGGCAUGAACAUCGAUUUCUCCAACAUCUGAUAAUUUCUCCCCCUCUCUCUUCGCUCUUUCCGUUCCUCUUUCCGGUUCUCCCUCACUCCCUCUCCUCAUCUGCCCAUCGUCACUCCCUGGUUCCCUUCCUCUUUCCCUUUUUCCCAUGGUCCACUCCUCUCAUAACAGAUUCUCACGGCUCUUGUGUGAUCCUCUUCUCCACUCAGCUAUCACCUUCCAGUUUGUGUUCCUUCCCCUUCUGUCCACCUUAUUCUGCCUUCUGCCCUGUUCCUUUUCAGUCCUGGAGAAGGGUCUUGGCCCGAAAUGUUGACCGUUUAUUCCACUCCACAGAUGCUGCCUGACCUGCUGAGUUCCUCCAGCAUUUUGUUUCUCAGAGAUUGCAGCAACAGACAAUCUGCUGGAGGAACUCAGCCAGUCGAGCAGCAUUUGUAGAGGGAAAGGAAAUGUCGAUAUUUUGGGUAGAUGUUCUGCAUCAGGAAAUACUAACAAUUCUACCUCCCCUAGCAGACGCUGGUCAUCCACAAAGUUCCUCCUGCAGAUUGUUUUGUGGCUCCUGUUCCCAGUGAGGUUUGGUUGAGGUGCUUUCCAAGGAGAAUCCGUCACCCCCCAUUACACAUUUGUUCCAUGGGCCCAGCAGAACAGCCAGCAUACAGUGCAGUCCUACCUCAGAUCUGGUGCAUGGGGACUCGUUUGAGUGGAUGCCCAGAAAUUUGAUUUACCUUAUGGGCAAGUGAAAGCCUUCUUGGUCUGGGCAAUGGGUUUGAAGCAUAAUGGUGCUACCUACAUAGGAUGAAGUGCCAAGCAACAGGAACAGGCAACAGAGAACAGCCUUGACAUUGACCACAUCCUGGUGAGAUCCAGGGCAAGAUUAAACCUAAAAACGAGGCUUAUAGGCCCUAAUAAAAGUGAAUAAAAUUAUUUGGCAAAACUCUUUAUUCGAGAUACAAAAUAUGCAAAUAUAUAUAUAUUUACAACUAAACAUUUAUUUCUAAAUAUUCUAAUGCAAAAUAUUCCAAAAAUGCCUGAGUUUUACAAAGCUACUUAGAUUUUUUUAAAUUGGCAAAUAAACAAUUUGUCAGAAAAAAGCCCAAAACGUCUUCUUGCAAGAAAUUGGCUUCUUUCCACCCCCCCCCCUGAUUAAUUGGGGAAAAAAAAGCUAAGUUCCUUUGUACUAAAACUACAAUUGGGAAUAUAGUCUGUGCAAAAUUUGAAAAGUCCAUUUGUUUUGAGAAAAUAAACUUAUCUUCAGUCAGCCUGUGCCUGGUUGCCAUGGAAAUAAUGCGGAAUAGGCCACAGUCUAACUUCUAAGGACCAGCUGACUGAUGAUCUAAGUUGGAUCUUUAACUUCUGAACUUGCGCUGGAAGCUUGGAUGGGAUCUCGGAUUGAAUUGGGAUUCGGCCUGCGCUGGUGGUCAACUUGCUCAUUCCCUGGAGAGACAGUCCCAAUUCUUUGCCCCAUUGUCUAUCUGACAAUCUGCAAACCUUUCCACCUCUCUGAGGCAAUGGAUCCAGGGAAUCAGCUGCUAAAGACACUUGCUUCCUGAUCCCGCUGUCUGCCGGACGAUGAAUGGCUUCCAUUUGCCUCGGCUCUUCCAAGGAAGACUUGGGACCACCUGUACUGAGGGUCUCCUUACUACCCCUGGACAAGGCUGUUGGGGGAACAGGAUAGGGGGCAGUGGGGGUACUCAUGGAGAUUGGUCCUGUGGGGGUGGGGAGGAGUGUGGUGGCUGCUGAAAGAAUCUCAAUAAUCAGUAUCUCUCCCUCCCCUCUGCUCCCUCACUCUCUACCUCCCUCUGUGCCAU